AUGUCUGGUACAGCACUGUACCAUAGUACCAUGUACCACACGCGCGAUGACGCGCCUCUAGGGUUCCCAUACCAUGCUCAUUUCAGAGCCCUGUCGAGAUCGGCUGCAUCGUGUGGUCUCUGCGCCGUUGUCCACGCGGGCGUGCAGGAAUGGGUCGCAAACUACCGCCGGACAGAAGCAAGUGAUUUGUGGCAGUGGUACCGGCGCGAGCGCGCUGCGACGGAGACGAUACCGGCGUGGGAGAGACUCUGGCUUACGAGACGCGUUGGCGGGGCUGAAGGGUUCAUUGUCUUGGCCCGAGACCCGAAUAUCAAGCAGAGGGCGCAUCUGCUCACCGGUGUUGGGAUAAGUGUCGAGGCCUCCCCUUGGCAUAUGCCAUCCCUCAGCGGCCUUUGGAUGUGGAUUCUGGGUCUCAAGGCAGCUUUGAGGCCGAGGAACCAAUCACUGCCGUCACGGGUGCUUGAUGUCCGAGGUGCAGAGGAUGUCAGACUUGUAGAGUGCGAGGAGGACCUGUCUGGGAAAUACGCUUGCUUGUCCCACUGUUGGGGCUCUUCGGCGUCCCUGACUACAACACGCGAGACCAUACAGGCGCGCCGCAGCGGCAUCCGUCUCUCCGACCUCCCCAAGACGUUUGCCGAUGCCGUGGCCAUUUGCCGCCGUCACGAGAUCCCCUAUCUCUGGAUCGACAGCCUCUGCAUCUGCCAGAACGACCACAACGACUGGGCGCUCGAGUCUUCCCGCAUGGCGAGCGUGUACUCCAACGCGCACCUGGUGAUCGCGGCGAGCCACGCCAGAGAUAGCUCAGAGGGCUGUUUCCACAGCCGGGCGGGCCGCCCCUACGCUCGGGUCACGCUGCGCCGGUAUGGAGACACUCCCGAGGCCGUGGUCUACGCGACGCUGUUGUACCCCAGCCUCGAGGCCCCAGAGUGGUCCGAGGACCGCGGCCGGUCGUUUGCCGAUGAGCCUCUCGGGCAGCGAGGGUGGUGUCUGCAGGAACGUGUCUUGGCCAGCCGCACCUUGCAUUUCAGCAGCAGGCAGAUGUACUUUGAGUGCAGCGCUGGUAUCGUCGGCGAGGAUGGGUGUCGCGAGGGCGAGCGGUACUGUGAUCUGCGGAUGGCGUUUCCUUCGCAGCAGCAGCAGCAGCAGCAGCAGCAGCAGCAGCAGCAACCGCCACCUAAUUCCGAGUUGUCACCAGCAUCGGAGCAACAGAGGAGAAAGAUACUCCUGAAGAGGUGGAACGACCUGCUCUGGGCCUACGGCCGCCGAAAGCUCACCAAGCGCACAGACAAGCUGCCGGCCAUGAGCGGGCUGGCGCAGCUGUUUGAGCAGAUGAUGGGGUCUACCUACAUCGCAGGCCUAUGGAGCCAUGUGCUCAUAGAAGGCCUCACAUGGACCGGUCUGGACGGCGGGAGGCGGCCAUACGCAGGCAGGGGCGGCGGCGGCGGCGGCGGCGAUGACGACGACGACGAUGACAACGUGUACGUCGGUCCGAGCUGGAGCUGGGCCAGCUUCGACGGUGUGCCCACGACAAGCGUCGAGGCAAACUGGACACCCAUCGCCCGCGUCGAGGACUGGCGCGUCUCGCUGCGGAACCUGGCCAACCCGUACGGCGCGCUGACCGAAGCGUGGCUGCGUCUCUGGGCGCCCGUGGCAAAGUUGCGGCCUGAGGAGGCUGGGGAGCUGACGCAGUACGGGCGGGACAGGGUGCAGCUGGGCCUGACGCCUCCGAUGAGGGUUCACCUGUCGUCACAGUCUGCUGGGUUCACAACGGGACUGGUUGAUUUGUACUUGGAUGAUGACGACAGCGCGAGGAAGGGGGUGUGGCAAAUGAGCGGCUGGGAGAGGAACAAAAAAUAA